CUCUAUGAAACCCAUAAAUGGACCGAUGAGGGUGUCGCCAUAGCCAUUCUCUGGCCGGAGUUUAAACGGAUUCAGCCAUGCAGAUGAAACUUUUGUUGAUCAGCUGUUUCCUUCUUGGAGCCUGUACAGCCUCUUACCUGGCGGAAAAGCGGGAAGCCCAAGAAGUUGAGGAUCUGAAUGACGAAGACUUCGAUACUGCCUCUGAUAAAUUUGACGGAGAGAAUGAUGAGGAGCCGGAAAAUGAGGAUGAAGCAUUUGACGAAUUAAGAGAUGAAGAAAACGAGAGAGAUGCUAAGGAAUUAGAAGAAAUGAACGAUGAAGACGAAGAGACAGAUGAAGAAGAAGUUUCUGAGGAUCCAAGACCGGUGCCAAGAAAGUCAAAAAAGAAAUAUGGUUAUUUGUAUAGGAAAGGAAAAGGCUACCGCAAGUACCGUAAAGGACUCUACCGAAAAAAACCUAAGAAAAGCUACCGUAAAGCCUACCGUAAAUAUCGUGUCCGAAAGGGUUACUACCCAAAAAAAGGAAAGGGUUACGGUUACCGCUACGGCUACCGCUACCCCUACUAGCCCAAAGGUCAUUAAAAUGGUGAGCCUUUCACAAAUAUCGAUUAAGGAUUGCUACAAGCUUGUAAUCGCGCAGAA